AUGAACUGUAAUCUCGCUCUCUCGUUGAAUCCGUGCCUCGCGCGCGCGCCCCGCCGGGCGCUCGCGCGAGGCCGGCAGCGAAGGCUUCAGAAAAAGAGCACGGUCGUGCGGAGCGCGCUGAGCAGCAAGCAGCCGACGGAGGAGGGCGCGGGCGCGCCCGGCGUGUCGAGCGACCCGUUCAGCUCCAUGAUGAACUUCAUCUCCGACGUUAACCCGCUCGCGUCGGUCUUCAAAUCCCCUGACGACAAGCUCCACGUGCACUUCGGCGCGGGACGGCUCGGGUUCGGGCUCGUGUUGCCCGCGCUCGAGAGCAGCGGGUCCCCGUACGUCAUCAUGAACCGUCCCUCCAAGGUUUGGCAUCCGAUCAUCGCCGGAGAGGAGGAGGCACAGCAGCACGUCGCGGUCAAGAUCAACGGCGAGUGCUCGUGCGGCGGCAGAGGCCUCCACGUCAUCACCGAGGCGGACAUCCGCUCCAGGGAGGACGGCGUCCUCGGAUGCCUCAAGGAGGGCCUCGACAAGGGCGCGCGAGGAUUUUUGCUCCUCUCCAUGGAUGUGGACCUCACCGCGCCGCUCGUCGCCCAGGCGACGUCGUUCUCGUGCGCGCUCGGUCCCGCGGUCGACGUCCUCGUCAACCUCCUCGUGCAGCUCCCCGACUGCGAGGACGAGAACCGCCCGGUGCUCUACGCGUGCGAAAACGAUCACAGCUCAGUUGAGAAGCUGCAGUUCGCGCUUCGGACGAAGAUCGAGGCGGUGCCGUGCAUGGUGGACCGCAUCUGCGUGGAUUUGCAGGUGACCGAGGACGGGCGCGAGGUGGCGGUCACCGCGGAGGGGCACGAGGGAUCCAUCGUCGUGCUCAAUCAACCCGAGAGCGGCGAGGGCGCCGACGGCGACGGUCCCCUCGCGGGCGAUUACGUGUCCAACCCCGAGAACGAGAAGGACUCGAGGUACCUGUACCGCAAGAAACUGCUCACCGUGAACGGCAUGCACACCGUCAUCGCGUUCCGCACGCUGUGCUCGUACGCGCAGAACCAACGAAACUUUCAGCCCCCCGAGAAGUGCCUCGCGCUUCCGCUCCUCUCUGACGAGACAAUCACGGAGGAGCAGCGGAAGGAGAUUUGGACGUGGGGCGUGGCGCAGCUGCUGGUGCUCAUGUGGGAGCACGGUUUGACCACCAUGAUGCGCGUGCACGGCAAGGAGUCGCCCGAGGAGCUCGUACUCUUCCUUCUGGACCAGCUCCGGACGACGCUGGAUCGAUUUUUCAGCAUUGAGGACUCCACCGCGCGCGUCCUCGGCGGCGGCGUGUCGCUGCGGUACGAGGGCAGGCUCCUGCCCACGUUCGAUACCCUUAACUCCGACAUCUUCACCGUCGGCUGGGACGAGACCUCGCCGCAGCUGGCGCUCUUAAAGGAGGCUGGGCUGGACUUUGACGAGAUGAAGGAGACUCUCAAGUCGCUCGUGGACGAGGCUCGGCCGUUCGCCGCGGUGGACAAGCGCGCGCGCGCCAUGCAGGCCCUCGAGGAGGCCAUGAAAGAGGAGCAGGCGGCCGUGCAGAUCCGCGAGACGCAGAUUCGAUGCAACGCCGCCUCCGACAUCGCCGUGCUCUUCGACUUUGACGGCACGCUGGGCGACACGGAGACGUGCGCGAUGGAGGUUGCGUUCUGGGAGCUCGCCCCGUACUUCCCCAACGUCCUCGCCGAGGAUCUCACCCCGCAGCGCAUGAAGGAGUUCAUCCGUCUCAACGCGGGCAAGGCUUUCGAGCUCAUGUUCGACAGGGUCGAGAGCGACAGAGCCGCGGUGGGCCUCCCCCCCAUCGAGGAGGUUCGCUCCAGGUUUCAGGAGGAUUUCGACAUCAUCCAGGUUGUCAACUCCAACCGCGCCGCGCUGGGUCUGCAGCCGUUCGAGAUGGUCCGCGAAGACCACGCGUCCAUCCUGGACAAGGCCCGCGACGAGACCCUCGUCGCGCUCACCGCUCUGGCCAAGCCGAACGACGGCGUGAUCAAGGCGCUCAACUUUUUGAAAAUAUCGGGCUUCAAGUACGCGGUGUCCACCACGUCGCCCAAGCCCCGCGUGCCCGUGUGCAUCGAGACGGCGCGAUUGACCGACUUUUUCCCCGAGGAGAAGGUCCACUCCGGCUUCAGCGACUUCGACCCGCCCAAGUACAAGCCAGCGCCCGACGUUUACAUCAAGGCGGCGGCGGCGGAGGAGGUGCCCGUGGAUAAUUGCAUCGCCGUCGAGGAUUCCGUGUCGGGCGUCGGAUCCGCGGCGAACGCCAAGAUCGGCCUCAUCGUUGGGUACGUCGGCGGCUCGCACAUCCCGUACGAUAGGCGCGAGGAGCAGGCGAAGGCGCUGAUGAAGGGCGGCAAGAGCAUAGACAGGCGGGGAGCGGAUAUCGUCAUCACCGACAUGACGGACCUGCCCACGGUGGCCAACUUUUUCCUCGACCUGAAGCUCGACUGCGGGGACGACGAGCAGUGCCUGGCGCGGCCGUACGACUUCAGCCAGCUCGGGCCGUCGCUCGUGGAUAAGAUUUACACUCCGGAGUUCUCCGGUGCGAUGCCGGAGGCGGAGGAUGUCAAUCCGAGGUAGAGUCGAGUGGGGGUUCUUUUUUGGGGCGGCGUCAGUCGGGGAAACGACGAACGCGUAUAUCAACAGCAACAUGGUGGAGGUCGGAUGGACCUGUAUAACGGAGUACUAACACACUUGCGACGAAAAGUGGGCCUCAACGGCGGUGUGCGGUGGGAGGCCCGCGACAAAAAAAUAGGAAAGAAACUAGAGCCGGCACUUUGUCUUCUGUCAAUGAUGUCAUAAAACGCAAGCUUUUCAACUGAAAACGACGCAGCGCAGCGCGUGGGGACACGGAGUGUGAAGAAUGCAGCAGUGCAAUUUGAAUUCAAAACUUCGUGUUCUAAAAAGAAUCGUGUGGUAAGGGUAAUAUCCCAUCCAUAGGUACAGUAGUAAAUCGUCGAUCGCUCGUUCGGAUC